UGGAAGAGAGGAGUGAAACAACCCAGCAGCCGCCAAGGUCAGUGCAGAAGGAGUGGGGGAGCUCCAGCUGCUGAAGCCAAAGUUCUCAACAGUCCAUGGACAGGACCACAGAGGAAAAGGCUGUCCCCCAGCAGCCCAUGGAGGGUACUGUAGGGGAGCUGGUUGUCCCCCAGCAGCCCACGGAGGGCACCAUGGGGGAGCAGGCUGUUCCUCCACAGCCCAUGGAGUGGACUGUGGGGGAGCAGGCUGUUCCUAUGCAGCCCGUGGAGGGUGCCGUGGGGGUGCAGGCUGUUCCUCCACAGCCCAUGGAGGGAAUUGUGGGGGUGCAGGCUGUUCCUCCACAGCCCAUGGAGGGGACUGUGGGGGAGCACACUGUUCUUCUGCAGCCCAUAGAGGAAACUGUGGGGGAGCAGACUGUUCCUCUGCAGUCCAUGGAGGGGACUGUGGGAGAGCAGGCUGUUCUGCAGCUCAGGAAGGAUGACAGCGGAGCAGAUCUCCACACUGCAGCCCAUGAAGGAGCCCACAGUGGAGCAGGUAGCAUUGCUACUUCCUUUCAGUGCCAGUCAGUCCAUCAAGAUCACAUUUGCAACGAUGAUGGCGACAAGAGCGAAGACGGUCCCAGCCCCAAGCGACAGCGCCUUUCCCAUUCAGUCUUUGACUAUACGACGGCAUCACCAGCCUCGUCACCGCCAAUGCGACCAUGGGAUAUGACAUCAAAUAGGCAGCCUUCUUUGGCUCGGCCCAACCAACACCACUUCUCAGGGGAACGAUGCAACACACCUGCACGAAACAGAAGGAGUCCUCCCGUUCGACGUCAGAGAACUAGGAGAGAUCGUCUGUCUCGACAUAAUUCCAUUAAUCUGGAUGAAAACUAUCACCAUCUCUCCUAUGGACAGCAGCAAGCAAUAGAAGAGCCCCGAGCUUUUCGCCCACCGAAUGUAUCUCCUCGUAUGUUACGCCCAGCUGUUCACCCACCACAGCAGAAUGCAGUGAUGGUUGACAUUCAUGACCAGAUCCAUCAGGGUACAGUUCCUGUCUCCUACACAGUGACAACAAUGGCUCCACAUGGGAUACCACUUUGCACAGGCCAGCACAUCCCAGCUUGCAGCACCCAGCAGGUCCCGGGGUGUUCAGUGGUUUUCAGUGGGCAGCACCUUCCAGUUUGCAGUGUGCCUCCUCCAGUGAAUUGCAGUGGCAUGUUAAUAUGGACCUUAGAACUGAUGCUUCAAGCAUGCUCAGUUCAACACCUACCAGUACCAUAUGCAGCAUUUCCACCCCUUAUUUCUAGCGACCCGUUCCUUUUGCAUCCUCCUCAUCUGUCUCCACACCAUCCUCCUCACUUGCCUCCUCCAGGACAGUUUGUUCCUUUCCAAGCACAGCAGUCACGUUCGCCAUUUCAAAGGAUAGAAAAUGAAGUCGAACUACUUGGAGAACAUCUUCCUGUAGGAGGUUUUACGUAUCCUCCCUCAGCUCAUCCACCAACGUUGCCUCCCUCAGCCCCUCUCCAGUUCUUAACUCAUGAUCCUUUACACCAGGAAGUGUCAUUUGGCGUUCCUUACCCACCGUUUAUGCCUCGAAGACUCACAGGGCGCAGCAGAUACCGAUCACAGCAGCCAAUACCUCCACACCCUUACCAUCCUAGUCUACUACCAUAUGUGCUAUCAAUGUUCCCAGUUCCACCUGCAGUUGGACGGGCUUUCAGCAUUGAGCUGGAUGUGGAAGAUGGAGAGGUAGAAAACUAUGAGGCCCUGCUGAAUUUGGCAGAACGUCUGGGAGAAGCCAAGCCACGAGGACUGACGAAGGCAGACAUUGAACAACUCCCAUCCUAUAGGUUCAAUCCAAACAACCACCAGUCAGAGCAGACACUGUGUGUGGUGUGCAUGUGUGAUUUUGAGUCAAGGCAGCUACUUAGAGUCUUACCCUGUAACCAUGAGUUCCAUGCCAAGUGUGUCGAUAAAUGGCUUAAGGCAAAUCGUACCUGCCCAAUUUGCAGAGCUGAUGCUUCAGAAGUGCAUCGUGAUUAGAGUGACCAAUCUAAGAGCACAAAUCUGGUUUGGGUGUUCCUGGUCAUGUGUAUAUAUGAACUAUCUAUUGAACUUACCCAUGUGGCUUCCAGCCUUUUCCUUUACACAAAAGGGUCAGUGGACCUUACUUUGCACUGUGUGACUUAAUCAAUUAUAAAGCUUAUAACUAGUCUUCACAUCUACGGGAUUGUUAUACUAACAGUGUGAUUGGAACUCCAAAGAUUUUUUUCUUUAGCUUAAUUCUGUGUGUGCACUAACAUUCCCUGGUUUUUGUGUGAUCAUUCUGAGUGUUGCUGCGAGAUUACUGUGGACGUGAACUUUUAGCAUGUGCUUUUAUAUAAAAGAAAAAAGAAAAAAAAAAAAAGUGGUAGCUCCAAACAGUAUAGCAAUCUACCUUAUAUAGAGCCUUCAGAUACUGUGAGUGGGAGUGAGUGGUGUGAAUGUUUGCUUGUGAGAGAAUGUGUGAAGCGUGCUUGGGAGUGAGUGUGCAUGUGUGUUUGAGAACCUAUAUACCAGCAUGUGCUGAGAACGUAUGUGUGUAGUAUUAAUUAUGCUGCAAUGUAUAAUCUUGUGUGUUAUUUAAACAGUACUAGUACUGUACACUGGUUCCUUUCCUUGUGUUUGCAGUUGCACACUAAAUACAAUGGGUGCAGCAAUUACAGACAUUUAGUAUUUCCUCCCCAAUGUACUUACAGGUACUUACCUGUCUACCUGCUAUUCAAACAAGCUGUUAUGCUUCCCUUUACUUGGAGGCUUUAAGUGCAUACCACUAAAGGGGUCAUUGAUUGUUCAUAGAUGAGUAAUGUUGAGUUUUAGCAUACAUUACAGAGCUCAGAUUUUACUUUGCUGAUUUACAAGUUAUUUUAUCAAUGUAAAGUUGCAAUAUCACACAAAUCGUUUAGCAAUAUUAACAUUUUCAAUUGGUAAUUUCAGUAUCAACAUGUUCCUGUUCUCCUUUUCAAUUUUUCUAGUUAGGCUAUAAUUGCAUUCAGUUGAUUUGACAUUAGAGCUGAGUUAUGAAGGUGCUGCAGUUAUGCACUUCUUUCAUGAAAGGAAGCAGAAAGGACGCUGAGGGUCUUGUGCAACAGCCCUUCAUUUUUUGCCAUUGUGCUUGCUAAAUAGAUAAUCCUCUAGCUUACAAGCAUUGGCUUUAAUCAUACACAUUUUUUUUUGUCAUUACAAAGGAGUUUGUAUACAAUUAAAAUAACUUGUAAGAGGUUACAAUUUUAUUCCUGCAACUUCAUGAAUAAAAUAAAAUUUCUAGCAUUUUCUCAGAGAAGUAGAACUUCUGUUUUUUUAUUGUAUCACAAAAGAGGGUGGUUUUUGGUCACUCAUUGCAGAAUUCAGUUGCCCCGAUGCUGCUUCUUGUCCCUCAUUGUUUUCAUGAUGAGUGUAAUGUGAAGAAGGAACUCCCUUGGUUUUUGCAAUUGAGUUUCCAGAAUACUCCACCGCAGUACGAAACGGGAGCACCUUCUGAACAAAAUACUGUUAAGCAGGAGGUAGCUUCAAUCCAACUGCUUUCUGAAUAGUGUUUUCUGUGUGCUUUUUUAAAGAAGUAGCUCCAUUUACAACAUUUCAGACUGUUAGCAUCUUCAGCAUUUUCCUCCAAAAUACUAACGUCCACCUAUGCCAUAGUUAUUCAGAGGAUGCCCUUCUCGCAUCAGAUUGCUUCUCCUGAAUUGUCAUUACUUCAGUUGCAGCAGCACAAGUGGCACAGUUAGCAAUAUUGCUGCAGCUUGCUGCCAGUCUCAGCUUUAAGUUGAUUCUCUGUCGUUUCUGAUGCUUUUGUAUGCUGCUAUGCUUUAGUAUCAAUUAUAAUUUCAGUGUUACAUGUUCUCCAUGCUGUUUGCCCUCUUUCAGUAUUCUACAGACCAAUCACAGCUGAUGGUGCAGAUGAAAUAAAAGCACAAUUUUGCCCUAUGUCAGAUGCUCUUGCUUCCAUUUGUGUAGUUACACAGGUAGUUCUCAGAAACACUGAGUCUUUCCAUUUCUAUUCAUAUGUAAGAACACAAAACAAAUGAAAACAUGCUGUUAGAUCAAAAUACUAAAAUUUCUCCUCUCUUCCAGAGGAGUUAGAAUAAUCUUCCACAAUAACACCUGGUAGGUUAAAGUACAUAUAGUAAAAUUUAUUUUUUUAACAAAUGAAAUCAUCUUGUUUAAAAAAACAUAUACCACUUGUCUUACAAAACUUAGGCUCUUUUAUAUAGCUGCAAAAGAAAAAUUUCUAUGCGUGCAAAUUUAACCAUGAUUAACGCUAUGUUUGAUAUUCAGUUUGAAGCAUGGGAAGAGGGCACUUCUCUAAGCAUUCGCAUUCUUCUGAAGCCAAGGGAAAGUCACCCUUUUUCUGGAAUUGAGAAAUCCUGAUGUGUAAAGUCCCUUUCCCAGUGGAACUCUGUGAGGCACUGGGAGACUGAGGAGUUGGAGGGUCUAACUGGGUAAAAUCCUGAAAUGAUUUGUUGCACUCUUACGGCUUGUCUCUUCUGAAAUGGUUCAUUUGUUUGCAUGGGUCUAUUGCAGAUGUAUGUGGACUUGCUUCCUGUGGUUAGUGUGUGUAAACAGCACACGUGCACAUGUUCUGGAUCAGCUCAGAUGAUCCACAGCCAGUCUCGGUUGUGGCUAUUGAUGGGGAUUCGUGCUGAGCUGCUCGCUGCCAUGUGUUCUGUAUAUUUGUGUGUAUCUUCUCAGCCUGCCAUGGUGCCAGGCAGCACCAGCAUCCAGCAAGACGUUUUUUAUGUUCCUUCCCUUCCUGACUUCACCUGUCCCUUUCCUUCCUAAACAGUCCAUAAGACAUUUGCUUUAUCAUAUUGGCACUGCUGUGGCUUUGGCAUAAACUGCCAAUUAAAUUUGAAGUUUAAGGGGAUAUCAAGGCCUACAGAUAAUUCCAAUGUCUCAUUUUGUGACUUUCUUUACAAAAAAAAAAAAAAAAAAAAGUAAGCCUUUUGUUGUAUACUGUUUUAUACGGGCUCUUGAAUGUGAUUUCACAGCUGUUAAUACAUCAUAUAAUACCUGGGAUGGGAUUUACCAACUUUUUUUUUUUGCUUUACUUACAGAAAACACAUUUUUGACUGAGUUAUCUUUGGGCCUUUUUAAAAGCUGUGUUUUUUUUUUUUCCUUUGGUACAUUGUUACCUCAUUUUGCUACUUGUAUUUCAGAUCUAUUAAUGAUUCUGAAAGCUUGUGACUUCUGUUGGAAUCAUAUUUUGUCAGUUGUUUUCUUUAAAUCAUACUCUUUUGAAUCACUUAAUAUGUAGUUUUAAAUGUAUUAUAAAUAUCUGUAACCAAAUCGUUUGAAGGCUUGAUAAAUUUUUAACAAAAUUUGUACAUUUUUUAUGAGAGUUACUAGUAAUGCUUUACUACGUAGUGCAAUGAAGUUUUAUUUUUAAUCCCUGUGCCCAAUUUUGGAGUUGAGAGAGUUGUUCAGUAAUAAAUGUAUGAUGUUCACUUA